UCCCUUCAGUCUUUUAAAAUUGAUUCGCUAACGUAGUUUUCUCUCAUUUGUCGUUCUCUUAAAAUUUUACGAAAAUCACAUCUGAAAAAGGAAACGAAAAGGAAAAGAAAUUAGAAAUGGCGGAUCAACUUACCGAUGACCAGAUCUCCGAGUUCAAGGAAGCCUUCAGCUUGUUCGACAAAGAUGGAGACGGUUGCAUUACCACAAAGGAGCUUGGAACUGUGAUGAGAUCACUGGGACAGAACCCCACCGAGGCAGAGCUCCAGGACAUGAUUAAUGAAGUUGAUGCAGAUGGAAAUGGAACUAUUGACUUCCCUGAGUUUCUGAAUCUUAUGGCUAGGAAGAUGAAAGACACUGACUCUGAGGAGGAGCUGAAAGAAGCCUUCAGAGUUUUUGACAAGGAUCAGAAUGGUUUUAUUUCUGCUGCUGAAUUGCGCCAUGUGAUGACAAACCUUGGUGAGAAGCUUACUGAUGAAGAAGUUGAUGAAAUGAUAAGGGAGGCAGAUGUAGAUGGUGAUGGCCAGAUAAAUUAUGAGGAAUUUGUGAAGGUCAUGAUGGCAAAGUGAUCAUCCUUAGUACUACCAAAACUAAACGAUUCUUAAUAGAUUAAGAAAAGAAUCAUAUUUUCCCUUUUUAUUUUUGUCAUGAUUUUAUUUGAUGAUGUUGAAUCAAGCUCUUAAAAGGGUAGUGGUUUAUUUAUGGUCAUGCAAUGUUGGUUAUUA